AAUUACCAUAGUAACUGAUGCAAGGCGACGGGAGCUACCACAUGAGAGGGGAGAUAUUUGACGACGAACAUUUGAAUAUUUGUUUAAAUGCUUAUAUGUAGUUUGAAAACGACUCACUGCAUAGACAUAUCUCUUCUGCGUGUAUUCCCUGUGAAGUAACCCCUUAUUCAGUGUGACUCAGGAGUAUGGUUAAAACGGGACAUGUACCCACCAUGGAGGACAGCUGGAGGGAAGGGUUUGAGAGAAGCCGGCUGGUCCCCCCUCCAUGCCAAGCAGCCCGACUGGCCGUGGAAAGCCACUUCACCCAGUCCCACGGCUUCCAGCUCUGCCUCAGCCGGCUCACUGUUCCUCAACCCCCGCAGGAGGUGUCAGAGGGGGGACAGGAUUUGAACUACCAGCUCUGCGUGACCUUGUUCGAUAGAAGUUAUCAGCACUUCUUUGGGAAAACAUGGAGGAGCCAACCCCAGGGGAUGAAAAACAACAAGAUCUCCUUCAAUCAGGUCCUGUACUUCCAUACGUCUCUGCGGUUCCCCAGCAUGGUUAUGGUUCUGGAGCUGGUAUCCCUGUCACCCAGGCCAGACGGCUCCCAGCAGGCCUUGGGGCGAGGCUUCACUGUCCUGGAGCUCUUUAUCAACAGGCCAGAGGCUCAGCCUGCUGAUGGGGACAGAAGGUUGAAUCUAUACCAUGGAUCUCCAAGAAACCUCCUCCACCCCCUGCUAAAGGACACAACUGACUAUGGCAGUCUACUGAAGACUAUGGAAGGAGCACGUAUGGACUGUGUGAUAAAAAACCACCCUGCCCUGGUUUCCAUGAUGCACCUCCUUCCAGAGAAUGUCCUGGUAUCUGGAGAUGACGACAUCCCUGGGCUUGCUGCUUCUCCAACAGGUGAUGCUCUGCUGAAGCCUCAGCUGCUCAAGAUGCUGCCUUUCACCCUAAACAGAGUGACCGUCUCCCUGCAGCCGUCCCUGGAGAAGUUUGAGAGCCAGCUGCUGCAGCUGAUCAAUGCUGACUGCCAUAACACAAAACAGCCAGGACCUGAGGAUACACUGAGGACGGUUGUCAUCCAGGAAAGGAGGCUCCAUGUCGGGGUCCACAAUGGCUGGUGUUUUCUGGAAAAGCCCCAAGUGGUGGUGCUGGAGCUCCUCUCCUCAGGCGCCAGGAGCAGAUCGGACAGCACCUCAAAGCAGAGCAAGGAGAGCUCAUCAACUCUUCCUGAGACGCUGGGUCUUCGCAGCAGCUUGGAGCUCAGGCUGGCCAAUCAUCAUGCUUUGGCAAUCGUCUUCCAGCUGGAGUACGUCUUCUCUGCUCCAAUUGGCCCAGAGACGAUGCUCUCUACCACAUCCACGUCCCGAGCGGCCUUCCUGCAGAGCCUUCGUUGGGGGGUGUGGUGCCCCUUCCAGGAGCCGGCUGACUGGAAUGGGGAAGAGACGCAGCUCGUUCUGCAAGGAGGUGCAAAGCCAAACCCUCACGGAGUCAUGGUCUACAGCACAGAGAUGACUGCCAAGACUCAGAGCCCGGUGCCACUCAGAGCCGCAGGCACAGCUCAGAUCCCAGAGGCCAGAGACAUGAUAUCAUUUUGGCUGUCUUCUGGUAUGGAGAAGAAAGAAUUCAGCCCGAAGGCGUCUCUGAGGAGAAAGCAGAAGGAUGUGUCAAGUCAGAGAAAGUCACCUACAUCACCUGCUCAAGGUCGAAAAUACAUUCCAGCAGCUUCUCCUCCAGAAUCUCCUCAAGGCCCCGGGCUCUCUCUGUCUCAGCUGGCAGCGACUUCACACCGCCCGACCGGCAGCCGCUCCAGCAAGGUGUUACCAUGGCAACAGUCGUUUCCUUCUCUGCUUCAUCCUUCCCCAUCGGCACCGGCCCACCAGCUGUCACAUGUCGCAGCAGUAAGUGUCGGCAACAUCACCCACAUGGAAGCGGCCCUUCAGCCAAGAGGGGAUGUUUCACCUUCAGCUCUGGAUGAAGGGGACCAACUUGAAGAGCUGCCCUUCACCCCUGUCCAUGCCCCUGUCAUCACUGUGGGGAUGAAUGAGCCCAGUUCCUGCACAGUCAGCUCCAGGAGUUCACUGGCUCACCUUUACUCUGCUGGCUUCCCCAACAUUGUGGAUCACAGUGGGCAGGUAGCAGAAGUCCUGGACCCAACUGAGCCCAUGCCCUUUGACCCCCAACGUGAGGAGGCUGACCUUCUGCAGGGCAACCUGCUGGUGUUCCAGUUUCUGGCCUUUACCAGAACACCAACAGCGGGCGUCGGUCCUGACUGGCCGGACAACAUCUAUUUCACCUUCCAGUUUUAUCGCUUCCCGCCAGUCACAUCGCAGCAGCUCAAACUGCUGACCAGUGGAAAAGUUCAACAGAAAGCUGGCAAUCUGCUGCCCUGUGUCCUGGCCUCCAUCAACAAAGAUGGCACUGUCAACUCGGACUCUCCAGGCCUACAGGUGCAGUUCAGAGUUGAUGAGGGUUUCCUGAGGCCGGGAGAGAAGCGCUGGUUCCUGCGCUACCUGGCUCUCCACACCAUGCACAUCGACAUCUGGGACAGCAACUCACUGCUCCUCAUCGGCUCGACGGCCAUCGAGCUCAAGUAUCUCCUGCGUCAGGGGAAAGCAGCAGUGCAGGCCCUGCAUGAGGUGGAGGUGCUGACCACCGAUUAUGUGGGAGAGGACCCCCUGCUGACGAGUGCAAAUUUAGGCCAACAGUCCACCAUCAGCCCUGUCACGGUUCACACCAUCGUCAGAGGCCAUCUGCACAUACGCACGGGCAACAUAGGGUGCCCCGUAGACCCCGGCAAGAGGAGAGCAGCAGACGCAAUGCCAGCUCCUUCUCACAUCAUCACACCUCGAGAGGUCACGGGUGGAUUCAGAGGAGGAAGCCUGUCUUCCAGAAACAUCCUCCAACUUAACGCAAGGAACACUGCACAAGCACACAGACUGGAGAUAGAUGGGGAUCGUGUGCCGUUGCACAAACAUGGGAUCAGAGGCAACAUCAUCAUGCCCAGAGAGCACAACCUAAACGAGACUGACGGUGCGAGUCGCAAGCUCGACUGCAUGGCUGCUGUGCAUCAUCGGGAGGGCAAGGAAGAUGCUAAAGCAGCUAAGGUCAUGGAUUGGAGUAAGGAAGCCCAGUUAGCCAGAGAGCAGGAUCAGAGCAAACCCAACCAAGAGCGCAGCAAGGCAGAAGGCAUCGCCAACAUGCUGAGCCAGGCCAUCACCACCCAGCACCUGCUCUAUGCCAGCCUGGGCUCUGCAGAGUACAUGGAGUAUGUCCUGAAGAAUCCCUAUAACAUCCCUCAGACUGUCACCAUCCACAGCGACGACCCUGAGCUCAGUGUUCUCACUAACACAGAGGAGUGGGGGUACUUCAAAGCGCUAACCAAAACUCCGACCCCACUGGAGGACAACAUGUUCCACUUGGAGGAGGAUGCCCCAGGACCCAGAGUUUACCUCCGGCCAAAAGAGAGCAUUCAUAUUCCCCUGAAAUACCAGAGCUUUCUCUGUGACCACACCAUGGCUGUCCAGGGGCCGAGCUUCCUCCCCACAGGCAAAGGUUUUCGUGUGGCCAAGAAGAAUCUGUCCAAUAUUGUUGCUGCCAAGACUAUCAAGGUUACAUUUAAAGGAGAAGAUGGCAAACCAAUGGCCAUCUGCCAAGUCAACGUGGAGCCGACGCCUCAUGUUGUCGAUCAGACGUUCCGGCUUUACCACCCUGAGCUCUGCUUCCUGAAGAAAGCCAUCCGCCUGCCACCAUGGCACAACCCCACAGCUGGAGAACCAGAUGCUAGGAAUCACAUAUCUGUGUGCUGCAGUGACCCAAACGUCAUCUGCCAGACAAGGAUGCUGGUGCCAGGGGAGCCGCAGGAUGUGUACUUGAAAGUGCCUGGGAGUCCCAGUCCAAACAUAAAAAUGUUCUUUGUGAUGGUUUUUACUGAUAAGUGGAUGGCAGCACCCUCCCAGAUCUGGCAGAUUUAUGUGCAUUUCCUGGAGCGGGUGGAUGUCAGCUGUGUGACUGGCCAGCGAAGCUGUCAAUCCCUGGUGUUGAGGGGGAAGCAGGCUGUCCGCAAGGUCAAAUGUUUCUCAUCGCACCCUAAGGAGAUCGAGGUGGACCCGGACAGCGUGUUCCUUUUGCCUCCUGCGGCAGUUCAGGAGCUGCAGCUGAAGGUGCAACCAUGGCAAGCAGGCAGUCGCUUCUUCUACGUGAACGCGGUGGAUGUGGAGCAACGACAGAUCGUCACAGCCUGGCUGCUCUGUCUCAACACCCAUCGGCCUGUUCUGUCCAAGGCAUUUGAAGUGAGCGUCCCAGUUGGUGGCGGGCGUGGCAGCUCCAGGAAAAUCACCUACACCAACCCCUACACCCGCAGCCGCACAUUCCUGCUCCGCUCCGACCAUCCAGACCUGCUCCAGUUCAAAGAGGAUCAGUUCCAGAUCAGCGGGGGAGAGAGUUAUACCAUUGGACUACGGUUCGCCCCUAGCCAGAGUCCCGGUUCAGUGGAGAUACUGGUGUACGUGAACAACCUGGAGGAGAAGACGGAGGAGACGUUCUGCGUGAAGGUCAACUACUCCUAAACUGAUGACGUUCAUUCCAAACAGCUUGCUCCCUGAAAACGCUGACUGAUCUGUCCUUCACAUAUAUUUCCCCAGUGUCAAAUGAACUGGAAUGAGUACAAACGAGCUGUAAUUUUUCUACUUAGUGUGUGUCAUUUUGUAUAAGAUCAGAUGUCAGACAGAAUAAAUGCUUUUUUUUAUCACAG